UUUUGGUUUCUUUUUGAGGGCCUCGACUCAAAGUCUCCUCUUUAACCUUUGGAAAUCAGUCUCUAAAUAUGCAGCCAUGAAAUAUCCUCUCCUGUAUAACUCAGUUACAGUGCAAAGGCCAAAGCUUUUAUUUUCUUUGACUGCUCAAUGGGGUGUUUAAUCGAUCUGAACACGACGGAAGAGGAUGAAACGCCGUCGUCUGAUUCUUUAUCCUCAUCUUCGGUGCUAAGUGCUUCUGGCUUUAGUUCUUCGGUUUGUUUAGAGCUUUGGCAUGCUUGUGCCGGUCCACUUGUAUCUUUGCCGAAGAGAGGAAGUGUAGUGGUAUACUUCCCUCAAGGCCACUUGGAACAAUUUCCCGAAUUUUCAGGCUAUGCUCCAGCUUAUGAUCUCCCUCCCCAUGUGUUUUGUCGGGUUGUUGAUGUCAAGCUCCUUGCUGAGGCUGUCACAGAUGAGGUUUAUGCUCAAGUUUCACUGGUUCCUGAAUUUGAGCAAAGUGAGCAGAAGUUGCAAGGGAAAGAGGAGGUAGACGGUGACGAGGAGGAUUUCGUAGCAGAAAUCAAGUCGACCACGCCGCACAUGUUCUGCAAGACCCUUACUGCUUCUGAUACCAGUACUCAUGGAGGCUUUUCCGUCCCUCGUCGAGCUGCUGAGGAUUGCUUCCCACCCUUGGACUAUAAUCAGCAGAGGCCAUCACAGGAGCUUGUUGCAAAAGAUCUGCACGGCAUCAGAUGGAGAUUUCGACACAUUUUCAGGGGGCAACCACGGAGGCAUUUGCUCACUACUGGAUGGAGUGCUUUUGUAAACAAGAAGAAGCUCGUCUCCGGAGAUGCUGUGCUUUUUCUUAGGGGUGAGGAUGGGGAACUGAGGCUGGGAAUCCGAAGAGCUGCACAAAUUAAAAAUGACACUACUUUUCCAUCUUUGUGUAGCAAGCAGUUGAGCCACAGCACCUUUGCAGAUGUGGUUCAUGCGGUAUCAAUGAGAAGUGUUUUCAGCAUUUACUACAAUCCAAGGGCUAGUUCAUCGGAAUUCAUAGUACCGGUCCAUAAAUUCUGGAAGAGUCUUGAUCAUUCAUUUUCUGCAGGAAUGAGGUUCAAAAUGUGGUUUGAAACUGAAGAUGCAGCGGAACGAAGAUACACGGGACUCGUAACCGGAAUUAGCGAUUUGGAUCCUGUCAGAUGGCCUGGUUCAAAAUGGAAAUGCUUGUUGGUAAGGUGGGAUGAUGUCGAUGCCAACAAGCAUGACCGGGUUUCUCCAUGGGAAAUUGAACCAUCUGAUUUUAUUCCUAGUUCUAACAGCUUGCUUUCAUCCGGUUCGAAAAGGAACAGGGUUGGGUUGCCUUCAGGAUUUAUGGUUCCUGAUGGAAUUGGAGCAUCCGACUUUAUGGAACCAUUGCGGUUCCAGAGGGUCUUGCAAGGUCAAGAAAUUUGGGGUUUCAACCCCUGCUACGACAGUGCUGCUAGUCACAACAUGCAUCGAUCUGAAACACGACGCAGCUUUCAUAGUUCUAAUGGUUCUGGUAUUGCUGCAAUAGGAAAUGUUGGUAGAGAGCCACUGGUGAAUCCUAAUAUUUCCUGUAAAACUGUAGGCUUUGGGGAAUCUUUCCAAUGCCAUAAGGUCUUGCAAGGUCAAGAAAUUUUUUUAAGCUCUCCGUACAGGAAAGCCUCGAUUGUCGAAGAGACUCGAGGAAAUGAGAGUCCUGGUGUCCCCAGUGUUGGGAAAUUGUCAGGGACUAGAAGUGGAUGGUCUUCCUCGAUGCAGGGCUAUGAUACUCAUAGCCCUAUACAACCAUCUGCUGCAUUUACACAAAUUUCCUCACCAUCGUCGGUGUUAAUGUUCCAACAAGCAAGCAAUCCGGUCCCGAAUUUCAAUCUUAUGCAUAACUUCAACGACCCUGAAAACUAUCAUGGAGUGAGUUCUUUUUGCACCCCUAUAAAAUGCACGAAGUUACUGGUGUCUUCUACUGGAGGACAUGAUUCCCAUGGGAGGGAUCACGUUACCAUGGAUUCAUUUUGUCAUUCAAAUGAUUCUGCAUUCAGGAAUAAACAAGAAUUAGCAUCCUCAUGCAGACUUUUCGGUUUCUCCUUGACCGAGGGAAGCCUUGAUGCCACUAAGGAAGAUAACAUGGUGCAAGCAACAUUUAUCAUUGGGCCAUGGAACAUGGAGAGAAGUUCCACCCGAAGCCUCCAUCAGCGACUAACACAGUCAAAAGCAAUUGUACUAAACAUUGUCUCAAAAACUGAACAUAUAUCUAUGAAGCAGCCGCUGCUGCAGCUGGUAUCAAACAUAAAGAUGCCUAUGGUUGCUGAAGGCUGCAUGCGUUUUUAUUUCAAGAACCUACUAGUUUCAAGACCAAAGAUUGAAAACUUGUAAUAAUUUUAUGAAACGACUCUAUGUUGUAAUUCAACUGCCUUAUUAUGCCUAUGAUAAAAUCUUGUAUUAAUCCA